AUGAAUUCUUUAUUUCUAACAUUAUUGUCAUUGAUUUCAGCUUAUUAAUAUUACUCAUAUUAAGAAAUCAUAGAUACCUUUAAAAAAUUAGAAGUAGAUCAUACUGAUAUCUUUAAAUUAUAUUAUCCAACUAAGAAUUUAGAUAAUUUGAGAUAUUUAGAUUGUGGAGAUGAAGAAUGCUAAUUUUUUUAUGCUGAAUUUGCUUAGAAUCCAAAUGUUAAUGAUUUACCAACAGUAUUAAUAGCUGCUGGUUUUCAUGGAGAUGAAGUUAUUGGAUAAAAUGUUGUCACAGAAUUGGCCAAAUAUCUUACAAGUGAAUCAAAAUUAGAAUUUUUGAAUAAUAGAAGAAUUAUACUUUAUCCUAUGGUAAAUCCUUAUGGAUAUUAUCAUAAAGUAAGAGAGGAAAUGGGAAAAGAUGCUAAUAGAGAUUUUAAUAUUGAUAAUCCAUCAAGUAUUUGUUUUUAGACUAAUGCUGCUAGAGGUUUAGCUUAAGUUUACAACAAAUAUAUAAUUUAAUUAGGAAUUACUUUUCAUGGAGGUGAUAAUGUAAAUUUCUAAAUUAUUACAUUUAGAGUAUAUCAUAUUCAUGGGGAACAUAUAAUCAUAAAUAAAAUGGAUUAGCCACUGAAUCUCCAGAUGAUAAUGCUAUGGAAAUGAUUGCCAGGAUUAUGAAAGAUAUAGCAGCUGAAAAUACUCAUCUUUAAAUUCAAAAAUAUAGUAUGGGUAGAAUGACUGAUUUAGUUUAUGAAGUAAAUGGUGGAUAUGAAGAUUGGGCAUAUGCAGCAGGAUGGGAAAAAACUAAUUCUUGUGGUAAUAGAAAUUCAGAAGAAUAUAGUAAACCAUCUUCUAAUGCUAGAGCAUUGACUUACUUAAUUGAAGCAGGAUUUUAAAAAUAACCUAAAAGUAAUACUCUAGGAACUAUUGAAACAACUAAUCAAAUAUUAUAAAAUUGGCCUCCUUUACAUUUCUAUGAUGAAAAGAUACUAACUAAGUAUCAAUAAAGUUAUGGUAAUAUAAAUAGAAAUUUCAUGGCUUCUCUAUCUUUAAUAGAUUUAGUUAAACCCUAUCUAAUUGUAAAAUGGGAUGGAGAAAAAGAAUUAAUUUUAAAUUUUGGUGGUUGUUAUUCAAUUACAAAAUUAACAAUUAUAAGAAGUGAUAAUACAAGUAUAAUUAAAGAUUAAAAUACUACAGGAAUUUGGGAUCAGUUUAAUAAAGGUUAUGUAGUUCCUAAUAUUACAAAAAAUGAUUUAUUUGAAAUUAGUUAUUAAUGUGAUGUUCAAAAUUUUAAAACUCAAAGAAAUCCAGAUCCAAAAUUACCACCCUAAUCAUAUUUUGUAUAAAGUAGAAUUAAUAAUACUUAUGAAUAUCAAUUUGAUAAAUAUUUAAUUCAAAAUACUAAUAAAAUUCUCUUUAGAAUUAAUGUUAGUUAACUCAAUCAAACAUAAAUGAAUUAAUUAUUUGAAAAUUAAUAAUUCUCCAUUUAUGUUACAUAGAGUUCUAAGGAAGGUUAAGACUAAUAAAUCAAAAUAAAUAAUAAUUCAAAUAAUAAAAAGUAACAUAUUUGGUGGCUUCUUGCAAUUUUUAUUUUAUUAAGUUUUGUUUUGACUAUAUUACUUUAUAAAUAUUGCUCAAAGAAAUAAGAGGAACAAGUAAUGGAAAUGUAUACAAUUUAAAACGAAGUUAAAUUAUGA